GUUAUGCUAAUACCUUCUAUUACUUUUAUUAUGCAUUACGAAAUAUUGCCGGAAGUUGAAUAAAUCGAUACCGACUUCGUCACGAAACAAAAGUGUCAUGGCGGAGUUAGACGAAAGCGCUUGUGAUAAGGAAAAAUCGUUAGGGAAAACCAGUAGAACUGGGGACGGUGAAAAUAUGAAAACACAGAAUCACAAGCCCUGUUCCCAGGGCAAGCAAGACACAUCCACCGCUGUUACCACCACGGAGUACUGCGAGAAAUUACAGGAGUGGAUGUGGCAGUACUACUACAGCUAUAUGAACUGGCAGAGCUGGAUAGCCAUGUCUGCGUUUUCCUUCCCACCGUGUUUCCCGACACAAGGAACAAAUGACACGCCUGGGGCGACGACAUGGGGUGCAGAUAUGUCUAAUGGAGAUCUUCGCAAUUGGUUUAGCAACCCGUUUGGUUUUCCUGCUGCAGCUGCGAACGUCGCGGCUCCGGCUGCUGUCGCGAGCGGACAGAACUCUAGAGCUGCUGCCACAGCACCUGCGCAGCUACCACAACAACAGCAGCAGCAACAGCAAGCUAAUGGAAAUGCUCAGCAGCCAGGUAGAGAAUAUUCUAUUCCCUCUCCUCUCCAACGGUUCUUGGCGGAAAUGGUGGAUUUCUUUAUUCUUUUCUUCAUUAAAGCCACAAUUAUCCUCAGUAUUGUCCACUUUAGUGGAAUGAAGGACAUCUCAAAGUUUGCCAUGCACUUCAUUGUAGAAGAGAUCGAUGAGGACACAUCAAUGGAGGAAUUGCAGAAGAUGAUGCUUGUGGCUUUGGUGUACAGGAUAUUAGUUUGCUUUUAUGAGAUCAUUUGUAUUUGGGGAGCUGGUGGGGCGACACCAGGGAAGUUCCUCAUUGGCUUACGAGUGGUCACGUGUGACAGCUCCGUCCUGGUUCAGCCAAACCGCGUUCUUGUGGUCCCGGCGACUAACGUCACGCUUUCUGCGUCGACAGUGAGAGCGUUAAACAAGAACUUCUCCAUUGCCUUUUUCUUUCCAGCGUUCAUCACACUUCUUUUCUUUCAGCACAAUAGGACUGUGUAUGACAUUGUGGCCGGCACCAUUGUGGUCAAGAGAAACAGGCUUAGAUGACUUUGUCAUUGAAGUCAGUACCAACUCAACAAUGUAAUGCAAAAACAAACUCAUAGACAAAGGAGAGCGAACCAGCUGCAGUGACACAUACUGAACUGAACUAAAGCUACUGGCCUCUCGAAGAACUGUCACUUUAAGAGCUGAACGCUGUAUUUCUAGUAUUUCUCACCCAUCUUCUUCGGACACUUAGUCUUGUAAGCAUGAACUGCUUUCUCAGAAGUAUUUUUUAAUCAUCUGUGGUGAAUAUUUUUCUUGUGCCAAAAUAAGAUAAUUUAUAAAUGAGCUGCCUCAAAAUACUUGAACUUCCUCUGGUACAUGCAUUUCAUCUAUAUCCUUCUCUGUUUGUUAACAUAUGGGUAUUAUUGAUCAGAAUAUUUACUAAGAAUAUUAUUUGACGAGCAGGAAUUAGCAUUUCUCCAAAUACAAUCUAGUUUGGUUAUGUAUUCUAAUCUACUGACUGGAUUUGUAUUUCAGAUGAAUGUUUUGUACCUAAUUAUUCGUCCCUAUUCUAUGGCCUUUAAAAUCUUGAAAAUGCCAGGAAACAUUUUUUAGCUGUUUUGCAUACUGUAAGUUUCACUGCAUGCCUUUUCAGCUCCGUGUUCUGCACUAUUCUAAUCUGCUGAGUUGAGCAGUUCAACUUUAAGUAGCCUCAUGCUUUCAGUUUGCUUUUCUUUUUGGAUUGUUUAGAUAUGGCCAAAUCAAAAAUAAUUCAGUUAUGUCCCAGAGAAAGCCUUCUGUGUUAUCUCUGUUUAUAGAUUGACUGUUUAUACCAAUAACGAUCUUUUAAAUACAUGUUUAUACAGGGAUUUACAGCACAUGAAAAACAGUUUCACUUUGUGAAAUUUUGUUUACAUAUGCUGAUGCGAAGUGGGUUGCAUUAGGUUCUUUUCCAAAUAGUUGUAAGAGUCAGCAUGUGACAAGAGUCAGAAUAUGGGCAAACUGUGUCAGCAAAUAUUUCAGUCUCUUGAAAUUCCAACACAGAAUUUAAAUUUUUUUCUUUUUUAUAGGUCUGGACAAUAAUGAACCUUCGAAUGAUACUGAUACAUGUAAAGAUAACUGAUACAGAAAAGAAAUGCUCUACUAAAUAUUUUGAAAAAGUAAACUAAAUAAAAAAAAAACUGAAGAGAUGUACCAUUAUUGUACUGAUAUAUUGUGUAUCCCGAAUUUCUUUUAAAUGGGAAGACUGCUAAUAAAUUACAUCAGUUCAAGCAAGGCAAUAACCAUUUGCACUGUACUGGUCACAUCCUUAAAAUAAAGGCAGAUAAUGUGUACAAAAACGAGCAAUAGUGCGUUUCUCAAAAGUGUCGUUCAGUAACUAUGGUCGCAGGUUCUACUG